AUGUCUAUAUUCACAAAAUUAAUACUUAUUUCUUGUUUUUUAAGUAUUCUAAAUCUUGUUGAGUCAAAAACAUUGAGAUCAAGACAAGCAGUAAAAAUAGAUGAAAAAGUAAAAGAGGCGGUAAUAGAUCUUAAUAGUAAUAGAAUAUCAGGCUUCAAAAUUAAGUAAGGAUUAGAUUAUGACAUUGAAUUAGUAGAAACAUACUCAACUGAGCAAGAUAUUUAUGAAAUAGUUUUGAACGAAGAGUAAAAAUAAUCUUCUAUUUACGUUUUUUAUGUAAGCUAUGAAACUGAUGAAAUUCCUCCAAGGACAUUUUCCAAAAGAAUAUUACUAUGCUUUUUACCACCUAAAGAUAAAUUGGCUAAUAAAAUGAAAUCUGCUAAAGCUUGCGUUGAUUUUCGUAAUUCGUUUAAUACAUUGAAAAUAGAAAUUGAUAGAAUAGAUCAUUCAACAAGAUCUGAAAUCAUAAGUGAGAUCAAAAAUCGUAAGUGA